AUCAUUUUUACUCUUGUAUCUUGAGGUCUGCUGACCAUCUCAUCUUAUCGGGCGCAUACCUGAUGAUUCCUCGUAUCAAUCGUUCUUGACAUUGUGUUUUGACCGCCUGCUCUAUUGUCAAUCGGGAUUUACGCCCGAGAAAAGUUUGUGAUCCCGUGAGAAUUAGAAUUUUUGGAUAUUCAGAGCUGUUUUGUUUUCCAUUUUCUAUCAAUAUCUUCUCGAUUUAGACUCACGGAUCUUGCAUUUCUGAUACUUAUCACGUGAUACGCGUUUCCUCAUCUUGGCUAUACUUCUAUAUCUUAGGAAGCUUCUUUGAGCUCAAUCGAGUAUGUCGCAUCAGGCACCACGCGAUCUCCCAGAUUUCUUGCAAAAUUCGCCUUAUCUCCCAGUCCUAAAUUUUGAUGUCGACGAACCACCCCCUUCCAAAGCAGCCAAACCGAGUAUCGCGCAAAUACUUCGGUCAAGACCUGUACGAACAGCUAUACCAAUCGUUAUUUGUGGACUGAUUAUACUCUUAUUACUUCCCCAUGGAACACGAAAAGCGAAAGAAUUACAUCUUCAGUAUAAAACUCCUGCAUGCUUGAAACAGGCUCCUGUUGUUGUGGAGCCCCUGACAGGCGAGGAGACAGGAAUUGAGUGGAAUAAAUACGCUUACAUCACAUAUGCAACCUCGCAAGAUUAUCUGUGCAACGCAUUGAUGUUGUUUGAGUCGCUCAACACGCUAGGGAGCAAAGCGGAAAGAGUAUUAAUAUAUCCUCAAUUAUGGAGGGAUGAAUGGAUCGAAGAUGUCAAUGGGAAGGGUCUGGAUAUUAUCACUGAGAUGCUGAUCCAGGCGAGAGAUGAAUACAAAGUGGAGUUGAAGAAUGUGGAAAUUCUGAAGCAUAAACAUGGUAGCCAGGAUGAAUGGGCGGAAAGUUACACCAAACUCCUAGCUUUUAACCAGACAUCCCAUGAGAGACUUCUCGUUCUAGAUUCCGAUUCCAUUGUUCUGAAAUCCAUGGAUGAAUUAUUCCUUGCUCCAAUGUCGGACUCAACGCAACUCCUUGCACCACGAGCAUACUGGCUUGAUUCCGAAGGUGUCCCUCAAUUAGCAUCCCACAUCAUGCUCAUCAAACCGUCAACCACAGAAUUCUUACGGCUUGAAAGUGAGGUCAAAAAAGCCCGUGUGGGUAUCUACGACAUGGACAUCAUUAACUCUGUCCUCACACAGCAAAAAGACUCCUGUGGCUUAAUAGACCAUCAAAUAUACUCACUUCUUACAGGAGAAUUCAGAAGACCUGUCGAUAAACACAAAGGCUUCUGGGGAAAAGGUCAUGAAACCGAUGUAUGGGACCCAUUGCAAGUAUUCCAGAAGUCAAAGUUUGUUCAUUUUAGUGAUUGGCCUUUGGAGAAACCGUGGCAAUUGGAUGACAUGGAGUGGAUCGGAAAGGGACCGACGUGUGUUCCGGUGCCGGAAGGAGAUGAUUGUAGGGGAAGAGAUAUUUGGGAGGGGUUGUAUGAUGAUUUCAGGGAGAGAAGAGUGGGAAUUUGCGGAUUGGAAUGAUUGCGACUUGUAAAAGAUUUACCGGCUAUGUACACAAAUUUUGGAUAUAGAAAUAUAGAUUGAACGGGCGUUUAACAAGCGUUAUUUGCUUUAGAUAAAGACACAUGUACAGGAAUAAAGUUAGAUUUCGCAUGCCCAGACCAUACACAGGCUUUUCGAGUGGUGCCAAUAUCAUUCGAAUGUUAAAGACUUGCAGAGUUCGACUGUUACGGGAUAUCAUCUAAGUAAGUGGAUCUCACAUUUUUCACA